UCUUUCCCCCUUUUUAAAACACUCAAAGGCAUUUGAGACAUACUGGCCUUGUAAUCAGACGCGCUAUGGACGUCCUCGCGUUUCUCUUCGCAGUUCGCAUACACUGGAUUCAACGUUUGACGCUUGUAAGUAGUGCUCUGCGAUAUCUUUUAUCUCCUAGUUCACAUACGUUUCAUUUUAUACGUCGAGGAUAAUAUCCGCUAGUUACGAUAAGGUUGCGUCGUCAUAAUGGUUCAGCGAGAACUCUAGUGUCUGCCGGUACCAUGGCUUCGGCUGUUGCUGAUGUGAACCAACUUGUUAUUCCGUGCAUAUUCCUAGAUCAGUGUCGCUGCUCAGCAGAGGAGGAAAAUCCGGCCAUCACGAGUAUUGUUUUGAAACAUGGGAAAACGUACGAGUCAAGUCAAUAUGCUGGAAUAUCUAAUAUUCCAACAAUCAUUCAAAGCACCCCAAUGUCUGAAGAUCAAAGGCACAUUAAAAAAGAUUCUGAAACAAUCAACAAAAAUGCUUCCAUAUCCAUGAAUAAAACACGUGGUCAAAGAACAAGGCGACCGAGGAAUGAAAAACAUUUACGAAAAACUGCCCAACCGGCUAAUAAAACGAAUCCAAUAGCAAUUCAGACUUUAGCAGAACCAGAUGUUUUAACUCAGUUCCAAUUCUUAGUAACGGGAUGUGAAACACGUAUUUCAGAGCUAAAAUCUGCCGUGGAUCGGUUAAAGAAAAAUCAGGAAAAUGGGAAAAACAAAGCAAGUAAGCAUCAAGAAAGUAUGCCACAUGUCAUUAUUCUCGAGUCCAAAAUCGACGAGUUGGAAAUGCAAAAGAAUGGUGCCCAGUUUGGCUUCCAGCGAGCUUCCAUGUGCGCCGAUUCAGAGAUCCGCAAGAAGCGCGAAAUAUUCCGGCUCACUACACCCCUUCCAGCUUUAUCGAAGAGGCAAGAUUUUGAGAAUGCCGUCAAUAAUAAUCAGUUUGUUGUUGUAAUGGGUCAAACGGGAUCAGGCAAGAGUACGCAAUUAACGCAAUAUUUGGCUGAUAUGCCUCAGUUCGAAAGACAGUUUGUAAUUUGCACUCAACCAAGAAAAAUUGCAGCUGUUACUUUGGCGCAAAGAGUUGCAUUUGAAUUUGCGGCAGGUAAAGAAUCAACAGAGUCGAAGAAAUGGGUCGGUUAUCAUGUGGGAGGUGAAAAUCGACUUCACUUGAAUAAUCGCAUCCAAUACAUGACGGAAACUGUCCUUCUAAAUCAACUCACUCAAGCAGAGGUAUCAAAAGAGGAUCCAUUUCAGAAUUGUGCUGCAGUUAUCGUAGACGAAGCUCACAGCCGGACGAUCACUACGGAUGUUUUACUUGGUGUCCUCAAGAGAAAAAUCCAUCUAUGGCCCCAUUUGAAAGUGAUCGUCACCUCCGCAACGAUUGACACAAAUUUGUUCUCGGAGUACUUAGGCGGCUGUCCCGUCAUUGAUAUCCCCGGCCGACUAUUUCCUGUAGAGGUCAUUUAUCGCCCUUUUGACCGUGAUAACGGCAAAGUCAUCGAAGCUGUGGUCAAACAGGCAAUCACGAUUUGCAACGAACAUCAGUCUGGGGAUAUUUUGUGUUUUUUAUCAGGACAAAAUGAAGUAGAAUGGGCAACGCAAAAGUUUUCAGCGUCCAUCAAACCCAGCGCUUCCAGGGCGAAAAAAAUUGUCGCUUACUCUUUGUACGGAAAGCAAACGCCCAAAGAACAACAAUUGGUGUUCCAAAAAACGCCAGAUGUGCAAAAGGUCAUCUUUUCCACCGACAUAGCCGAAACAUCGGUCACAAUCGAUGGCGUGAAAUUUAUUGUGGACAGUGGACUGACUAAGAAUCUAGUUUUUGAUAGCGCUCGGAAUAUCACGAGCCUCAAGGAAAUGAUGAUCUCAUCGGCCUCUGCUGAACAACGCAAAGGAAGGGCAGGUCGAACAGGACCAGGCAUCUGUUACCGGAUGUAUAGCGAAGACGAAUACAAUUCCCUGGCAAAGUAUGACAAAGCGGAAAUAUUCUUACGUCCUUUGAGCAUCACCGUCACCUUAUUGAAGGCGAUGCGGGUCGAUCCGAUUGAUUUCCAUUGGCUAGAAAAGCCUGACAGUGUCGCUCUAGAGGCGGCCACUGAAGAAUUAAGUUUGUUGGGAGCAUUGGAUCACCGACAAAAUCUUACUCCGCUUGGCCAUCUCAUCGGUGAUCUGCAGAUUGAUCCAGGGAUCGCUCAUAUGAUUUAUUACUCCUGUUCCAAAGGACUUGGAAAAGCGGCUACCAUUUUAGCUGGUCUCUUCUCUGUAACGAGCAUGGUGUUUUGGCGUGGCGGAGAUGAUGAAACUCGCCAAGCUUCAGAUGAAGCCAAGAAGAAGUACUUCAGUGAUAGGGGAGACAUAUUUUCUAGUUAUCAGGUCUUUACUGAAUGGCUCACGCGAAAAGAAGCCGAUCCUUCUCUGAAAACUGCCAAAGCAUGGUGCAUGCAAAACUACAUUAACAAUAAAGCAAUGAAUAUGGCUUUGUCGACUUCUCAUGAAAUCCAAUUGCAUCUCAAGAGAAGCGCUUCUCACAUUUGGAAGAAAACCAAUCAGGAUCGGCAGGCGACUGAGGAAGAACUUCAAAAACUAAUCGCCCAGGCCUUCGUUCUAAACGUUGCCUAUCAAGUCAAUAAAAAUUACGUGGCUCUCAGAGCGGAUACUAUGACAUAUGUCCAUCCUGGUUCUGUUUUCUUUCGCCAUAAAGAACCACCUCAAGUUAUAAUAUACCAAAGUAUUCUGCGAACUUCAAAGACAUAUGCCUUGCAAAUAACGCCUAUUGAUAUGGAAUGGAUUCGUCAAGAGAACGGAGCCCUUCAUGCCCUUUACGAAGAGAGAGCCACUCAGGUCAAUAUUAAAGAAACUCGGGUCACUCCAGUGUCUCGGGGAAUUCUCCGUUUUAUUCUCGGCCCGGCUAAUCGCAAUGUGGAUGAACUUAACCAAGAGCUCGACUGUCUAGUUCACAGUGAUUACGAUAAUGACGCCCUUGUUGCUUGGUGUAAACCACACGCAUGCAACUUCGUUAACAGUGAAUUAUCGCGUAAAGUGGAAUCCCGGAAGACAGAACUAGAAAUGGAGAUAAGAGAAGAUCCAGUUGUUGGAGAAACGCGAAUUGUCUGGGGCUGUGGUGGAGAAGCCAAACUAUUGCUGUUUUAUGGCAACUACGUCGGCAUCAACGUACGCAACGUGCUCAAUUCGUGGAACUUGUCAGAUGUGGACUUAAUUGUCCGUCAAAAAUUAAGCCAGUCUACAAAGGAUUCAUUCCGGAAUGUUUUCUUCUUGCCAAAAAAUUCCGAUCAACAGAAUAAGACUGCCCGGAUUGUAUUUGACGAUCCCUAUAAAGCUGCGACAGCCCUUCAGGAACUAUCGGCCGGUGGCGGUGUCCGGGGUAGACUGGAAUGUUCUCCUGCUCUUAGUAACCGCCCGUCAGUCUAUAAAGAGUCGGAAGCUUGGUUGACCAUCACUUUCGCCAUCGCACCGUCACUGAACAGUUCCAUCAUCAUGUACAAUUCAAUGGAAGAUGCGAAUCUUACGAUACGUCUAGGAUGUCUAGGUUUCCGCCCUUCAAAAUCUAAAGCUCCCAAUAACAGCUCGUCAAUUUACAAUCCGACAGAAGAAGGUGGAUAUUUCAUCAAACAAGCCAAUCCUUUCAAUGUUAGGAUGACAUACGUUCUCUACGCCAAUCGACUUCCUGCUAUGUUUGAUGAAGUAGACGUGGAAAACGAGCUCAACAGGUACGGAUGUCCAAAGCCAACUUACAUCAAAAUUAUUCGAGGAGGUGAAUUGAAAUUUGAACAUCCUCAUUACUUACCUUCAACCAAGACGGAAGAAACGGAUUUAAUACUUGACUACGCCAAGAAUAAUGAACUUUUACCGCUUUCGGAUAAAGUUAUGAAGACUUUUGUUCGCAAAGAUCCCAAACGGAAAUUGAUUACCAUCCGUGCCAGAUAUGAAUCGAUGGACCAAAUUGAAAUGAUUUACAUAUCUAGAUUGUGUGCUAGCACCCUCAUUAAUCAACCGGUCAGACUGAAAGCUCAAAUCAAAACAAGCCUCAGACUGGAAAAGAAUUUGUGGGAAUUCCGACAAAAAGAAAUCGAAGAAUAUGUGAAAAAUCUGAAAACAAAAGAUGUCUUCUGCAAGUUCGAAACUAGGCCAACCACUCAUGUGUGGCUUCAUCUAGAAGUCCCGCGGGCGGAAAACAUUGAUGAUAUUCGCAAGAAAUUGGACGAUUUCCUACAAUUUCGAUUCUACAGAAACAGUGAGUUUCAGCUGUUUUUCACUCACUACGGUCAGAAACAGCUUUCAGCUUUUGACGCCAAACCGGGAUAUCUUCACUUCAAUGCUGCCACUAAAACGAUUAGAAUUUACGGCAGCGAGACGGAACGGCAAGAAAUCAGCCAAAAAUUGGACAAUCUAGUUAAAACUCUCAAGUUACUUCGCAUCGAUGUUCCCCUGAUUGUUCGUAAAACUAGUUUGAACGUCGUGGGAAAAAAUUUGGCUAAGUAUCGUAACCCCGGAUUACGUGAUGAGCUCCGAUUGUUGUACAACCGCCUGUACGCAACCGGUACGGGAAGAUGGAAUUGAAAAACUGAAAUACGAUUUGAAAGAUCACAUUAUUCAACCGAGAGGCGACAUUGACAUUGGGGAUUGCGGGCUAUGUUUUUCUCCGCUAGAAAAUCCUACAUUUCUCCAGAUGUGCGCCCAUAAAUACUGCUCAGAAUGCAUUAAGCACAUGCUUAACCAAGAAACAGUCCCAUAUCCAAUUAUAUGUCCAGCUGAAGGAUGCGGGGCCAAGGUUUGCUUAAAAGACAUUCAAGCGAUCGCUCCA